CUUGUGAAGAAAAGUUAGUUUAAUAAUUUUAUUUAAAAAAAUAAAAUAAAAUUGGGAGGGUAAUAGUCGUUAAGAAAUUAACGAACGGAUUAUUAGUCAUUGAGAUCGGAGUGGGAGAGAAAACAAGAAAGAAAGAGAGAGAAUUUUUUUUUAGCAAAAGAAUGGUGGCGAUUUCGCUCUACAGAGGAAACCUUCACAGAGUACCAGACGUUCCACGUCGAUGGCUUAUGCCAAACCCUCAAAUCUCUCUCAAAGAUUUCAGAGUCCUCUUGACUCGCCGUUCCAGAGCCCUAUCUCGUAUCCGCUCCUCCUCUUCCUCCGCCGCGCCAACCACCGCAACCAUCACCACCACCAUCUCUAACCCUAACCCUAAUCCUAAUCCUAUCGAUACCAAUUCCGUUCCCAACCAGCUCAGUGAAGCACCGAAAGAAGAGAGCAAUGCUUCUCGUUCCGAAGCUCCAUUGGGAGAUGAGAAAUUGAUUGCGGAUUGCGGGGAAGGGCCCUCAGUGGAGAAUAAGGAUAGGAAUGGAGUAGUAGAAUUUGAUGGUUUUCCGACGGAACCCGUUAAUGGAUCCGUUUCUUUGCCGGAUCCUAAACCCGAUGCUGCAGAGAGAGCUUCGGAUCCGGUGGAAGGAGGUUCCAAUUCGCGAGGUGUUCCGGUCGAGAAAGUUGAUGAAUUGCCUAACUCUAACUUGGAGACAAAAAAGAAAGACGAUGCAAUGAAUGACAAACUGAAAAGAAAAGUAGAGGUUGAGGAGAAGUUGGAAAUUCUGAAUGGCAAAAAACAUAAUCUGGUACAAUUGUUGAAACAGAUUUUAAAUGCAGAGGAGGAAUUAAAGAGACGGAUUUGUAUGCAAGGAAAUGCAAUUCGGCCGUCUGUUCCUCUUCAAGUGGAUGCCUCCAAUGAUUCUGGGUCAAUGACUAGGCACUUCACUCCUAGGAUGGGCUCUGAGACAAAUCUUAAUGGUGAUCUGGAGGGACAAAUGUUUCGGAUGAAUAGUACAUCGCCAUCUUCAGAGUCUCCUAUUCGAAGGCCAGCCUAUAUCCAGCACAAUGUGGUUCCACACCCAUCUCGAGCAACUUUUGGGGCUACUGGUAGUCCAUCACGCUUUGCUCCCAUAGGGCACCAGGGGCAUCCUGCAAAUUUACCCACAUUAUCUGUGUCAGGAACAAAUUAUAUUGCAUCCUCUCCAUCUCCUGCAGCAUCUGGUGGGACUUCUACUUUUAGAGAUUCUCGUUUGCCAAGUCCAUGGAAUUAGAUUUAUGUUAUCUGCAACUUCUAUAUGAUACGGGGUUCGUUUUUUUUUUUUUUUUUUUUUCCCCAACUACUAGCAUGAGUACUGUCUUCUGGUUGAAGAUGUUAGGUAUACUGAGGUCUCGUAGGUCCAUGGCCGGGUAAAGAGCAAGACCACUGAAUGCCUUUGGCUGGGGUUUGGGAAAGAAAGGGCCCGUUGUAAGAAUGUUUAUGUUAAAUAUAUGAUAUAUAUAUAUAUAUAUAUACACGCUA